AAAGGAAAAUAUUGAUUCAGGUCUGUAGCACAUGGUGACGUAAACAUCACGCCACAUCUCCCUCCUAAAGAAGUUUGAUUUUCAUUGGCCAUGAGACAGAGAGACCAACGAAUGAAAGCCAUACUGUCCAAAAAUACGGACGGCAUAAUUUUAUUUUUAUUCCUCAACGCGAAUUGAGUCAGUGACAAUUUGUUGUAUCUAUUUGAAUUAAAAGAUCGUGAAUUACUUUUAGUUUUUGUAUAUCUAUACGAUACGGUUUUGGAGUGUUUACUGUUUAAGAAGCUGCCAAUAACAUUGGGGAUAUGGAUGGCGUUGGGUUCACCAUAGCGAUAGGUGCGCUGAAGGCCCUAGCAUUCGUGUACGACGUCCUCACGUUCCCCGUAUACAUAAUCCUCCAGAGGCCAUGGCGGUUACGCCAACUGUCCAGAAGCAUAAAGGCCGUUAUCAUCGACGUCGAAAAGGACCCCUCUAAAGAUUUUGUCCUUGACAUGAAGGAAAACAAUAACGCUAACAGCGUAAGGGUUACGCCGACUAAAAAAGAUAAGGCGAAACAAAUACAAGAAGAUGCUAAAUCGGUGACUUAUCGAUCCACAGUGGCCCCAAAAGAGCACCAUAUCACUCUCGUUCGCGAGAAGAUCGACACCAUGGCCAAAAUGUUCGAAUACUGCAGCAAAAAAUACGCCAACAAGAGAUGUUUGGGCACCAGGCAGAUAUUGGCCGAGAUGGAUGAGGUUCAGCCUAACGGAAGAGUUUUUAAGAAGUUCGAUCUGGGAGACUACCGCUGGAAGACUUUCUCCGAAGUCAACAUCCUAGCCACCAAUUUUGGCCGUGGACUCCGCGAAUUGGGAAACGAUCCCGGCAAAAAUGUCGCCAUCUUCGCUGAAACCAGAGCCGAAUGGAUGAUCGCUGCUCAUGGAAUCUUCAAGCAAAACAUCCCUUUGGUCACCAUCUACGCAACCUUGGGUGACGAAGCGAUCGCUCACGCUAUCAACGAAACUGAAGUGACCACUCUUAUCACCAGUUUCGAGCUGUUACCGAAGUUUAAAAAGAUCUUGCAGCUGACGCCACGUGUGCAGUGCUUGAUUUAUAUGGAAGACCAAUUGAAGAGCUUGGAAAGUACCGAUGGUUUUAAGGAUGGUGUUUCUAUUUUGAAGUUCCAAGACGUUUUGGAGAAAGGAGCUUCGUCUAAGAUAGAGGCUCAACCCCCUAAAGCAGACGACAUAGCCAUCAUCAUGUACACGAGCGGAUCUACAGGCGUUCCCAAAGGUGUUAUACUGCUUCAAAAGAACUUAAUCGCUACUUUGAAAGGAUUCUGUGAUUCAACACCAAUUUAUGAAAAUGAUAUAAUGAUCGGUUUCUUACCGUUGGCUCACGUCUUCGAGUUGUUGGUGGAGAGCGUUUGUCUGUUCGCUGGAGUUCCUAUUGGAUAUUCGGGUGCAUUGACUAUGACUGAUACGUCCAGUAAAAUCAAAAGGGGGACCAAAGGAGAUGCUACGAUAUUAUGUCCGACAGUAUUGACAAGUGUACCACUCAUUCUAGACAGAAUAUCAAAAACUAUCCAAGAAAAAGUCAGCAAAGGCAGCAAUCUUAAAAAAGUGAUAUUCAAAUUUGCAUAUGAGUACAAAUCAGCAUGGAAAAGGCGAGGAUAUUCAACUCCUUUGAUAGACAAAAUUGUAUUUUCCCCGAUCACAAAAAUUGUUGGAGGAAACAUGAGACUGAUGAUAUCUGGCGGUGCUCCAUUGUCAGCUGAGACUCACGAACAAAUAGGAAUAUGCAUGUGUGUGGUAAUAAUACAAGGAUAUGGUUUAACAGAAUCAACUUCUUGCGCAGCUGUACAAGAUCUGUUUGAUAUGUCGUUCGGAAGAGUAGGUGCCCCCUGUACGAUUUGUGAUAUUAAGUUAAUAAGUUGGGAAGAAGGCAACUAUCGCAUUACGGAUAAGCCUUAUCCUCGUGGAGAAAUAAUUUUGGGUGGAGACAACAUCAGUGCAGGAUAUUACAAGCUUCCAGAGAAGUCGAAAGAGGAAUUCUUAGAGCAAGACGGAACCAGAUGGUUUAGAACCGGUGAUAUUGGUGAAAUUCACGAAGAUGGUGUACUCAAAAUCAUAGAUCGUAAGAAAGACUUGGUAAAACUGCAAGCAGGCGAAUACGUGUCCCUCGGUAAAGUCGAGGCCGAGAUGAAGACUUGUCCAUUAGUAGAUAACAUUUGCGUGUACGGAGAAUCGAGUAAGGACUUCUGUGUCGCGCUGGUCGUGCCAAAUCAACAGCAACUCAAAGAUCUUGCCGCCAAGAAAGGAGUCAACGAUAAAUCGUUCGAGGAGCUGUGCGUGGAUGAUACUGUGGAGAAGGCGGUUGUGCAAGAAUUAGCAGAACAUGGAAAAAGAAGUAAACUGGCCAAAUUUGAAAUUCCAGCAGCUAUUAAGUUGGUGACUGAGGUAUGGUCCCCUGACAUGGGGCUCGUAACGGCAGCUUUUAAACUAAAGAGGAAAGACAUCCAAGAGAGAUAUAAGCACGAAAUCAACAGAAUGUACGCCUCCUGAAAGUUACAACACCUUUAAUUUUCUUAUGAUUAAUCUAGUAUGGGUGUACAAGGAAUCAGGCAGGACUUUAUUGUAGAACUUUGGAAAUACUUUGAGAACAAAACGAUAUUAAAGACAUAAACUACAUUUUUACUACAAUUUUUUUUAUUUUGCUAAUUUUACUACAAUUAACUGAAAGAAGAAAUAUGUUUGCGUAUAUUUCGCUUUUUUCGUUGAAAUCCCGCCUGAUUCCAAGGGUAUGAUUUCUAAGCGUGUAUUAUAGCACAAUUUGUAAAAAGUAUUUGUAAUUUUUUCUGUAAAUAUUUAACGAAGCUAUCAAAUAAGAUUUUAUGUAUUAUUUUAUUUAUAUAUUAGCUCUUGGGCGUAUAAUGUAUAUAAGAACAAAUGUUUAUUUUUAGGUUUAAGGGUAUUUUUGCCGGAGAUAGAUGCUUAAGAGGUAGUACUUGAAAAAAUUCACGGUUUUUUUGUCUAUAUUUUUCUUUAAUGUGUUUUUUCGACUGAAUUUCCUCUCCAACUUUAUCCACAUAGUACAAGAAUUAUGUUCCUAGUGAUACCUAAAGAAAUUAUGCACAACUAAUACUUCUACAACUAAUAAUUGUAAUUUUUGGUCAGGCAUUUUCCAAUUUCUUCAACGGACUCCCUAAAAGAACAUUUGAAACACAUUAUGCAGUCAGUGUCACUCCAACUUUAUUCCUUACUGCGGUUAUUCUUCCAAUUCCUGCAACUCUAGCAAGUUUAGGCCAGGCAUUGUACCAUUUGAGUCUAAGAAAGCAAGUUUUUCACAAAUAAUUUUACAAUUAUUGCUUUAGAUAUCGCUCAAUUUUACCUCCAACGUCAACAAAAUAUUGCGGGAGUGGUGCUUAUAGUGAAAAUUACACAGAUUCUGCAUAAAUGACACUUUUACCGCCAAUGAUAUUAAUUUUUAGGCCAGGCUUUCAACACAUGUUUUAAAGUUGAGUCUCUGAACGAAUUUUUCCAUCAAAUUCUGGAGUGAGUGGAUAUGAAAUGAAGAAUUUUGCUAAUUUUUUGUACGGAAGAAGUUUUAUUGUGAUUAAUUUGCUCAAUAUUGUGUUUAGACAUGAUUUUCUUGAUGAUAAAUCGUGUAGAUUGACUGCGCCACUUUCAAUUGCUAAUUUUUCAUCUUCUUGAGACUAUAUACCAUCAUUAAUCUGAAUUAGAUGUGAAAAAUUCUCUUAUCAAUCGUUGUAUAGUUGCUUUUUUAUAGGAGAGUUAGACUAUAAUCGUGCGGGCACAUGAAAAGUGAUACUAUACAGUUUUUUUUUUUGGUAAAAUGUCACAGACGGAAUGUGGUAUUAAAAAUCCUGUUAUCUCUUCAAUAUUUCAAGGCAAAAAUACUCUUAAAAUAUUAUUGUUAGCAUCACUGUGGUUCCUUUAGGGGUAAUAAAUUCAUGUUUCUCUUAUUUUUCGCAAUUUUCAACUAGUUUUACUUCGAGAAUAAUAUUUUAACGGUGCUAUUCGUCUGUGUAAAAGUUAAGGUCAUUUAAUAAACAGAAAACAUGAAUUGUUUCACAAGGGACAACUUUUUCACAACAAAGCGUCUUUCAACAAGCAAUACAGGAGACGUAAGCAAUAAAUAAAGAUACAAAUAUUACAGAAAACAACAAAAAUAUCGAAAAAUACUGUUUUUGUGUAUUUUGAGAGAAGAAUUCCACUGUAAGUCUUCUGUGAGGCUGGUUGGAAUGAACUUAUAGACGGUUGUGGUAUUUUAGUAGCAAUAUUAUGAGAUUUUUUGCGCAUAUUUGUUAUUGUUGUUUUUCUUUUUGUUAUAAAGUGUUAAGUUUUAGUAAAAGACUGUUCUUGCACCGAUGUAGGUAAUUGUCAAUUUGUCAAUGAUCGGUCUAAACAUCUAUUUCAUUAAAGACAUGUACUUAAGGAUAAAAAUAGUUAUUUACUCAAGCGGCAAAUGUGCAGGCACCAGGAAUAGGUUUUUUUUUACAAAGUUAGACGUUUAAUACGAUAUUUUUGCUGGUUUUAUUGGAAAAACUGCUUUUUGUAAGAAAUUAUACUUAUAGACAAUAAAUGUAUAUAUUAUAGUUAAUAAAGAUAAAAGCGGAACUAACUUUUACUUAGAAAUUGCAAAAAAGACAGGUGGAACUGAUUGCAGCUUUUAUUGAUUUUCUGUUAAUCAUUUAUCUCAUUUCUUUGCUUUGAUUUAGACUUUUUUAUACUUUACUCCAAGAUUUUUAUAUUCUGUUGCUGCUUAGGAGAUUUGAUGACUAAAUAUGGUCCUUUAGAGCUAGAGGAUUUUUAAUUGGACGCUUUUUUGUGUCUUAUUUUAUAAUAUUCCAUAAUUUUCCGUUUUUAAGCAUGUUUUUUCAUUUCUUCUUCUUCAGAUUGUUUGCAUUUACUCCUGAACAAAGGCCUCCCCAUGAGUUAUCCAUUCUUCUCCGUUUUCUUCUCAGUUCUUCUUAACUUUUGCUUUGAAGUCGUCUAACCAUUAUUUUUGUGGCCUCCGCGACUGUGCUCGCGUGGUCUCCGAUGUAAAAUGUUUCUUGUUCACCUUCCAUUGUUUUGUCGUGCCACAUGUCCUAUCCAGUUGCAUUUUAUUUGCGCAAUUCUUCUGUUCCGUGGUGCGGAAUUGAGUAAAUGGAAUUGAUUAAAAUAAGUGUAAACAACGAACAAUAAUAUAUUUAUUUUAAUCGGUAAAAAGACGUGUUUUGCUUAUAUCUCGAAAGGGUGUGUUGUUGACCUAUCCCAACGCCCGCUGGAGUGUGACUACCGACGGGAGGUUGCAGAUCGACUCUGCUGUGGCUGAAAAAAACCACAAACGCUAAUAUGUUUGUGUUUCUACCAUCUGGCCAGAAAGGCGAUAAAUUAUUUAGAUCUUGCGUUUAAAAGUUGAAACAUUUCUGCAGUUUUAAGAAACGUCUUCGAAUGCAUUUCCAAAGUGAGUUAUUCACAUAAGGUCUGAUAAGGUAAUAAAUUUAUGGGGAAUUCAGUUUGUCAAACUGAACACACCAAAAACAUCUGGUUUGUAUAUUAAAUGUGAGUUUUAUAUGAUCCAUAUUAUUUUGUUUUGAGAAAAGUUAUGAAAAAUUAAAAUUAGCAAAAAUAGUAAUUAAAGCAUGUCGCCACACUUAAAAUUACAUCUUCCAGCUUCGCACGCCCUUAUUUCGUAUAUGUUUUCUCAGAGAUACUUCUAACAUAGCUCGUUCGAUGGCCCUCUGUGUUGUUCUUAAUCUGUUAACUGAUAACUCUGUAAGUGUCACGGUCUCCAUUCUGUAGUUCAUAACUGGUAGAACUCAGCUCUUGAACGCCCCUUUCUUUAGGUUUAUUGAUAUCUUUUCGUCUUACAACACAGUACAGAGUCUUCCUAUUGCUGAUCAAGCGAUUCGGAUUCUUCUAGUUGUCUCUAACGUUUGAUUCUGAUAAUUUGGUUGUGUCAGCUAGGAAUAUAUUAUACUCUUCGUCACUUAAUUUCAUCGAGGUCGAUUGUGAUAUUUUGAUUUGUCAUCAUUUUUGUUUUAUUUAAAUUCAUUUUUCAACCAAUUUUCGCAGAUUCUUUUAAGCGUAAUUCUUGGUUUUAUUAGUAAAAGUAAAAUUUAGGUAUUUAGAUGUUUUCCUUUCCUUUUUAGGGUGGUUGUGAUUCAACUUUUCGAUUUCGAGCAAAAAUCGAUAUUGAUGUCGCUAGUAAUUGAGAUAUAUCCACUAAUAAUAUUUGUUCUGGUGGUCAGCUCCUUUGAAAUACUUCUUAAACGUACAAGACAAAAUGUUUUACAAAUAAUAACUAUAUUUAAUGAUGGCUUGGUUUCUGUACAUUUGUCAUCGCUUCUCUAUGUUUUAAAUACCUUUACUAAGGUAUUAAGUAUGCAUGUACAUAUAGAUAGGAUAUUAUAAUAGUUGUUGGAAAAUAGUUAUAUAAAUGGCAAAGCUGCAUUACAAUAUAUCAGCAGAAUGGAUCUAUAUAUUAAAAUAUCCUGAAAAUAUUUUUGAACACGUGGAUUAAUAAAACUAUUAUUACAAUUUUA